AUGUGCGAAACACAAUGGACCGAGAGGCAUGAUUCUUUGCUCCAAUUUGAAAGCAAAUUCGAGAAAAUUGUAGAGGUACUAAAUAUUAUAUCAAAUUGGAAAGACCGCGAAGCUUCUUCAAAAGCGGAGUCUUUGAAGACUGCCAUUACUUCCACCCAAUUUAUCGUAUCACUAAAGUGUUUGUGUGAUAUGUUAGCUUUAACAGUCAACCUAGUUUCUAAUUCAAAAACUGAAGCUGAAGUAAUGGACAUAUUAGAAACAAUCUCUAAAUAUUUGCAUGGACUAAAUAGUAACGAAUACAAAAAUUUAAUAAGUACCAGAUUAAAAGCAGAAUUUGACCUUAGGAAGUCACGGACACAAGAUAUUAUAGACAGUGGAAUGCCACUAUAUAAUAUCGAAGAUGGUAGGCUUGACAACCGAUGGCGCUCCAGCUAUGGUGUAUGGAGUCUCGUCGGGUUAUGUCAUAAAGAUGAAAGUUUUCUGCAAUUUCUCUGUUACCACUGCGUUAUCCAUCAGCAAGCAUUAUGUGGACAUUUUCUAAAACUUAGCAACGUUAUGCAAUUGGUAGUAGAAAUUGUGAACAAGAUUAGAGCUCAAGCGCUACAAAGAAGAUUAUUCAAAACCUUGGCCGAUGAAAUUGACUGUCAAUACGGGGAACUACUUCGUCACUCUGAAGUCCGAUGGUUAAAUAGGGGACGAGUACGGAAACGUUUUAAUGAUAUCAUAUCGGCCAUAGUUCAGUUUUUCAAACAACAUGAUGAACGGAUUCCGGAACUGGAAAAUUCAAUCUUGCUUAGAGGUUUUGGUUUUCUUAUGGAUAUUACAGAAAAAUUGAAUGAACUUAAUUUGCAGCUUCAAGGGAGAGACAAAUAA